UGUACAUUAGAGCGAGUGCCGCGGCGAUACAAUCACACCUUACAACUAAAUAAACGUCCGGGGUUUUUUUUUAUUCUCCUCCUGAUUUCGGCCACUAUCUGAAGAGAGAAGGGGGGGAACAUAAAUUCUCUCAGGUGUCCACUAUUCGUGAUAUAAUCUUGGCUUUUCCCGAGCGUUUCGAGUUCCACCACUUGCCCACCCCCCCAGUGGGACUCCAGGUGCUUUGCCUCCCUCCUGCCGGUUCUGCGUGGUCAUGACCUGUCAUCCCACCUCUUCCACAGCCCGCCUCGUCCUAUUGGUCCUGCUCACCGUCACUCCGCAGCUGGCUGGCGCCGCCCCCGCCCCGGCGCGGGGGGAGGUGGGGGAGGGCCGGGCGGACGCUCGCACCCGGACAGAGCACAGAGAGCGCGGCCCCUCCCCGGCCCAGAGCCCGCCGGGCCCCGACGCCGACGACGACGCCGCGUCGCCGGACCGGGGUCGGGGCCCGGGGCAGCACAACCGGUCAGGUGAGGCGCCGGACCCGGCGGCGGUGCUGGCCGUCCUCCUGGAGGCGCUGGACCACCCGGGGCGGGGCGAGAACACGGACUGGGAGGAGGAGGAGGAGCUGCCCUCCAUCGACGGCUCGGAGGGGGGCGAGAUGAGAAGAGCGGAGGAGACGGAGGAAGAGGAGGAGGAGGAGGAGGCGGAUAAGACGAUUGAAACGUUAAUUCUAGACCAUCUGACAGCCGUUCAGGGCGACGACGACGUGAAGGACGGGGAUGAACCCACAAGGUCGGAGGAGGCGCCCAGGUGGUCUGUGAAGGUCGCGGGUCCCGAUAAUUUAAGCGAGGGCGAGAGAAAAGAAGGGGAGGAGGAGAGGAGUGAUUCAGACAAGGUGAGAUACGCCUCCGCCUCCCAGGAAGACGAGCCCUCGCUGGAGCGCAAGAUCCGCGGCUACUUCCAGAACAUCGACCUGGGUCUGCAGGACAACGAGAUCCUGCCGCCGCUGAAGGGCUACAAGGCCUACAACACGCAGCUGGCGCGGGCCGGCAAGAAGCAGCACUGGCAGGAGAACGCGGGCCGCGACCGGCCCGUCAAGGGCGGCAACUUCAUGGACGACUUCGAGGACGCGGAGGGCGAGGAGCUGGAGGAGGAGGUGGAGGAGGAGGAGCACAUGCAGGAGGAGGCCCGGGCCCGGGCGGAGAAGCAGGAGGUGCUGCGGCAGCAGGAGGAGGCGGAGCGGGCGCGGGAGGAGGAGCAGCGGCUGGCCGACAUCGCCUCGGACAUGCUGCUGCAGUACAUGGGCCGCAAGCAGCAGAGCUUCCUCAAGACGCGGGUGAAGAGCAGCAACACGGCCGAGGACAAGCGCUCGGAGGAGGUGCCGCCCGACGAGGACGACCUGGACCAGCAGAUGAUCGACCGGCUGAUCGAGAUCAGCAGCAAGCUGCACCUGCCCGCCGACGACGUCAUCGAGAUCAUCAGCGACGUGGAGGAGAAGAAGAAGAAGAGGAAAGAGCUGCAGCAGCAGCCGAUGGGCGGGCUUGCCGCGGCGCCGCGCUUCAGGCCCCUGGUACCACCGCCGCUGGCCGCCCCGCCGCUCUACCACUACGCCGCGCCCAAAAAACCCAAAAAGGCGCCGUACAAGUCCAACAAAUCCAACAAGAAGUGGUACAAGGACAAAGGCAAGUCGUACAAGCAGGACUUCUGGUACAAGCCGCAGAAGCAGCUCGACUACUGGUACAAGCCGCAGAAGCAGUUCCUGGCCUUCCCCUCUUAUCCCUACUACCAGAAGCCGUACCGCGCCUACUACCCCGUCUACUUCCCUUCCUACCCCAAGCAGCAGUACUACGGCAAGCCCCCGCCCAACAGAGACCCGGCCUUCGGCCCCCAGGACCUGGACCUGGACCUGGAGCCCCCGCGGCGCCGGCACCGAGCUGGGGGCAAGAGCCGCGGGCCGGCCUGGCGGCAGCAGCCCCCGCCCCGCCUCCCCGUCACGCCGUACAUCUCUAACUAUAUCCUCCCUCACCCACGGACCUACCAGCCCCUGCCCCCGCCCAAGCCGGUCAUCGCCCCCCGGAGGGGCAGGCAGCCCCCGUUCUUCUACCCGCAAGCCACGCCGGCCGAGGACUACGAGGAGGACGGGCUGCUGCCCCAGCUGGACAGCGAGGAGGAGCUGGAGAACUUUAUCGAGAGGAUCUACAUGAAGCGCAGAAUGUAUUGAGACUAGUCUUUCUUUUCUGGACUAUGUCAGACUGUGACUGACGAAGGAGGGGGCAAGAUUUAAAGUAGCUGGGGGAAAAAGCUAAAGCUAAAGCUGAGGUGACUUGAAGGACUCUGAAAAGUUUCGAGUCAGAUGGAAAUGUUGAAAAGUGUGAUGAGAAAAAAAGUUUGAUUUCCGUUGUAAUUCACCGUACUUUUCUUGAUUUUCUCAGUCGGCGGCGGGGGGUUUGUUUGUCGGAGGUGCCGCUUUAAGCUCCCCGUGACCAUGUUCAGCCUCUUGAUCCGUUUACAUUUUUGAAAACAGAACGUACCCUGGUGUACGUCUGCCUCCAUUCAGGUCGGCCUGACGCCCUGAAUAUCUCAACACACACACACACACACACACACAUCCGCCCACGUUUACAACAUCACUUUGUAUCUUUAAUUUUAUAUUCAGUGUCAUAUUAUUAUAAAACUAAAGCAGUUCGAUGAUUUCUUACCGAUAAAAGAAGAGAAGUGAACGAUGCUACUGUCGCAUGUUGACAGUUUUGUUGUGUUUUAAUGUGUGUAGAUGCCUUU